AUGAGCAACCCAGACCGUCCUAUUGCUCAACCUAGACGUCGCUUGAAUAGAACAACUUCUACUAAUUCAGUUGGAAGCGUUGGUAGUGCUCCUGGAAGUACUAGUCCCAUGGGUCCAUUUGGAUUCAAUAGCCCUUCUUCGGCUGCUUCAUUAACAGGUGCUAAACCUCCAGUGCAACCUUCCUUUGGUAGUCCAUUCGGUGCGCCUGCAGCUGCUUCUACGACUCCAACUUUAGGAUUUAACAGUGGAUUUCCACAACAACAACAACAACAACAACAACAACCCUCAACAACAUUGGGCUUUGGUGGCAGCACAAACCUUUCUUCUGCUACGAACGCACCUACUUCUUCCAUGGGAUUCGGUGGAUUUGGAAGCCCUGUAGUACCCUCUUCAACACCAGCAUCUACAUCGACUACAACGACUGCACCUACAUUUGGUGGUGGAUUUGGAAUGAAUACCAACAGUAGCCCCUUUGGAGGUGCAUCUAAUAUACCUACUUCAGCUAGUGGAGGCACAGGAGGUUUUCAAUCAGGAUUUGGCAGCUCCUCUGGAGGUAUGUUUGGUGGAUUUGGCAAACCAGCUCAACUUCAAGAAACAGCAAAGACCAUGGAUGAUAAUGAUGCCAGUAUGGAUUCUGAUGAACAGCCACCCGCUACAUCAGCAGCAGCGGCAGCAUCUUCGUCUGGUGGUUUUGGAUCUAGCAAACCUGCCACUUCAGUUCCUGCUCCAGCAACACCCUUUGCAGGAUUCUCAUUUGGUAAACCAUCAACAACACCCAGUGCCGCAACUUCUAAGCCAUUGGAAGCGCCUACCACAACAACAUUGUCUUCGCCUUUCAGUUUUGCUGCACCUAAAGAUACUGCUGACAAGAACAAACCUACCACUGCUGCUUUUAGUUUUGGCGCACCAUCCAACACGGCACCUACCACAUCCACCAUGUCCUUCGGUACAAUCAAGGCUACAACAGCAGCAGAGGAGGGAAAACCCGCUACUACAUCUGCUCCCUCUCCCUUUGCUGGCUUAGGUAUGCCCUCAAAAACCACGCCUUCACCCUUUGCUGGCUUUGGCAACCCUAUUCCUUCAGCUAAAAUUACAGAGAUUCAUUCUCCUGAAGGCAGUGACAAUGAAAAAGAUGACAGCAAGCCAACAGAGAUUGUUCCCGCACCUAAAUUCUCCUUCACCACACCUGCUAAAGAAUCAACUGAGGGCAAUAAAUCAAGUACCACUGCUGCAGCAGAAAAACCACCCACCAUGUCAUUUGGAUCUUUUACAUCUACAUCUACCGAGAAAAAGGGUGACGAAUCCAGCACUUUCUCCACCCUCAAAAAGACUGACGUCCCACCUACAUUUGCAGGCCUGAAAUCAGCCUCUGAAGUCAGUAGUCCAUCCUCUGUCAUUGCAAAUGCCGCUAGCCCUGCUCCCACCAUCAGCACAUUUGAGAGCGCUACCAACUCAAUUUCUACUGAGAAGGAAACCACUUCUACCACCACACCAGCAGCUGAAGAAACGAAAAAGGAGGAGGAUAGAAAUGCCACUGAAAAGCAAGCUGCUCCUCGCACGAGCCUAUUAUUUGGUCAGCAACGUGAACUGAGUGCUACAUCUACCGCCUCGGACACCAGUACUCAAGCAGUCGCUGCAGCAUCCCCGUCACCUUUUGCUACAGUUACUACGACAACCAAGGAAGCAGACAAGUCUACAACGACAGGCAAGACGACCUCAGAGACCGGCAAGCCUACAUUCGGCGGAUUUAAUAAGAGUGCAAGUACAUCAUCUGAAGGAUUCUCGAUUCCCCCUGGGCCUUCUUCUUUCUUUGGCAAGCCUGCUGGAGAUAAGACAUCGGAUACUGUCGUGAUAGAAGAUAAUGAUGAAGAUACCACUGAGAAGGAGGACAAGAAACCAGCCUUCUCAUUUGGCGGUAAGCCAUUCACAAAAUCAACCACUGAUAAGCCUGCCACCUCUGCUCCAUCAUUUUCAUUCAAUCAACCAGCAAAGACUACCGACAAGCCCUCGCCAUUUGCUGGUUUCAAUUUGCCUCCUGCUUCCACAACUUCUUCUGAUAAGCCUGCACCUGCUAAACCAUUCUCAUUUGCCACGAGCACACCAUCUGAUAAACAAGCAACGCCCAAGCCAUUCUCUUUCAAUAGUCCUGCAACCACAUCCACUGACAAGCCAGCAGCACCUGCACCCACAUUCAGUUUCAAUGUACCCUCUGCUGCUACUACUACUACUUCUUCAUCUAGUGCUUCUCGCAAGAAGAGAGAUAGAGAUUCAGAAGAUGAAAAUGACCAAGAUGAGCAACAAUCACACAAAAAGAGCUUUUCAGUCAAAUCUAAAGCUGAUGCUGCAACGUCAUCUCCAUUUUCAUUCAGUAUGCCUGGAAGCAAGGAUGCGUCGCCCUUUACGUUUGGUCCAACUCCUGUCAAGAAGUCUGAUACCGAAGGUUCCAAAGAACCUACUGUUGUCCCUACCUUUAAAUUUGGCGCUACACCCGCUGCAACUGAAAAGAAGGACAGUAGCGGCAUCUUUACUUUUGGUGCUACACCAGCUGCUGCUGCUACUACUACUACGACUACUACCACUUCUACAUCUGGCUCUGCUUCCAGUAGCAAAGAGAGUACCGAAAAGAAAUCCUUCUCAUUCGACUCCCCUACUUCUGCCUCUACUUUGAAGAAGACAUUUAACUUUGGCGCACCACCUGAAUCAGAAACAACCGCUGACAGUACAUCAAAGGACAAAUCUACUACAGACGCCAAUAAUAGCAGUAAGACACCACUCAUUUCAUUUGGAGCCACUCCUGCCGCUGGUACUGCUACACCCUCGCCAUUUGGUAGUAGCAAAUCUACUGCUGCCACCGCUGCUGACAAGACAAAAGAUACCACAACCGCUACCUCAAAGACACCCGAUACAUCCAAAGGUAUUGUAACAAAGGUUUAUAGCAAAUGUCCAUUAUUUAACCUUACAUUUUUUAUGACAAACGAAGCUGGCGGUAAAGAAGGUGAAGGUGAAAAGAGCGCUAGUGCAUCUUCAGGACCAAGCACUACCAAGAAAGUCAGCUUCAAUCUUUCAGAUGCCUCCUUAUCUUCAGCCUCUUCCUUUGGCUCAUCCUUCCCCACAGCUACUAAACCAUCUGAACCAGCAUCCGCAUCGCUUGCUUUUAGUAAGGUUAAGGGCACAGAGGAUGUCACUGAACCUUCGACUCUCAAUUUACUUUCAAGUGCUGAAAAGGAUACCUCUAGUUCUGGUGUUGCUUUACAAACCACACUGAAAUCUAGCAUCACUGAAGUCAAUCAAAUUACCUACAAGACUCGAUUCUGGGAACUCCCUGAUGAAGCUAGAAAUGAGUUGGCUCAGCUUGCUCAUUUCAUCACUGAACAAACUGAUAAAAAAGAAAAGAUUGAUCAAGAGCUUGGUUCUUACUUUGGAUCAGCAUUAAAGGAAGUGCACGCCAGUGCUAUCACCGUGAACGAGGAUGCUCUCAUUUUGGGCGAGAAAUUAGAGGUUCAAAGCAAGGCUAUCGAUGAUCUCAUUCUUUUGAACAAGGAACAACGCCUGAAUGCUGCUGCUGCAAGUAAUGUUCUGCAACAAGACUCUAGAAACUGGCGUAUGCGUGGUGCUAGUGAGAAUUUGAAUUUCUUCAAACAUGCUAUCAUCAACAUGGAAGAAAGAAUGAACCAGUUGUCAGAAACCGUAUCUACCGUUGAGCAAGCAGUCGAUAGUUACCAACCAAAUCUGCAAUUCUCUCCUCAACACAUUGGUGCCAUAUUGGGUCAUCAAAGUAAAAUGUACAUGUCCUUGGCUGGUCGUGUAGCUGAAAUUCAUCAAGAGGCUGAUCGCGUUGUCAAGAGACGUAAAUUGACAAAAUAA